GCAACAAUAGCAAUAGCAACAACAAUUAACACGCGCAAUUGCGGCUCAGAAAUGCGUGAAGUAUUGUCGAUUGCAUCGCAGAGCUGCCGAGUCGGUUAGUGAUGAGCCGUAAUGUGAGAUUGCUGAAUUGUUGUGACAGCUACUCGAGCAACAACAACACUUUAGGUGCAAGCAAUGACAAUUAGAAAUUAUGUGACACGCUUUUUGCUUUGUGUUAUUAAUUCGUCGUGUCGUUUUUUUUUUAUCUUUAAUUUUAAAAUUUUCGCACAUAAACGCAAGCAAUUUGGUGUGAUAAAAUUUCCAACAACAAAAACAAUGGUGCCCACAUAUAUAAUUUAGAUUAUGCAUAAAAUUGCAUAAACCGCAUAUUGUUUGAGGUUAACACGCCCAUCGAGUGACUAAAAGACACAUAUUUAAUCAGGCGUAAAUUGGAGGCAAAUUAUUUACGAGUUAUCAGGAAUUGGAAAAUAAAUAUUUCAGCGCCUCAGGUCUCUGAAGCUCCAAUUUUUGUUUCGCCCUUACAAUGCAACAAGUGACCAAACUAGCAAACAGUUUUUUACGUGUUUAUAUGCAAAUAGAAAUUAAGAACACAAAAUGUGUGUUAAAAACAAUAUGCCUUUGAAGUAAGUUGUGGUCGACAACAACAACAAAUCCUAAUAAGCAAAAAUUGUAAAAGCCGCAAACUGCAACAUUCGACAAUGUCUACACGUCAGUCAGUCAACUCAGCAGCUGCUUUGUCAAACCAUCUAACAGUCAAUUCAUUCAACACUGCAACGCAUCCAAACGGCCGGGCGCCCAUUCUACAGGCGGUAGUCAGUCCUUCAACUUGUUUAGCAGUCAGUCAGUACUUCAACUACAGCAGCGCAUCACUGCCGCCAUCAGUGCACAUCAGUAGUACGAAUGACGAUCAAGUCGCGCUGCACUUUCAACAUACUCAACACUUGAAUGUCAUGAGAGAUUUUUCUACAUGCCACAAGUUGCAGCAGCUACGCUUUGCACAAUUGCGAGUCCGUAGUUGUGACUUUUGUUGUUGUUGCUGAUAUAGCUACAAUGUCAACGGUUUGCAUUUCUAGAUUUUUAUCCCGUUGCUCAAUCGUCAAUGACAAACGGGCAACAAUUUGCUUUCGAUUUAUUAGUCGGAAUAUAAGUUUUAAGUUUAUACCAUGUUUUGAUUUAAACUGUCAUUAUAACUGUACUCUGCAUAAGCAAAGAAAAGGAAACUCUAAGUUUAAACAUGACUUCAUAUUUUAUCAAGAUGUAAUUUCCUUCAAACAAAAAUAUAUAUUCAAAAAUGUCCAGCACUUUAAAAUAGUUUAAACCAACGACUUCAGAUGGCAAACAUUAGGCUUUCGAAACGUACUUGAAAAUUGAAAUAAAAUGUUUAUACAGGGAACGUAAAAGAAAUGUAAACUUAACCUUUCAAAAUUUAAUUUAUCGGCUUAGGUUUAAACAAAAAUGGUAAAUUUUGUAAAUUUACUUCUUAUAUAAACAAAACGUUAUUAAUAAAAUAAAUGUAUCAAAUAAACAAAACUAAAAUUUUAAUGCUCAAUCAUUGAAUCACCCUACAAUUGUAGCACGUGAACCAGAAAAUAAAGUCUGCUUGCAAAAUCGUAAACGGGCGAAAUGUCAAAAUAUUUGUUUACAAUUUUUAGGCGGCGUGUUUUCUUCAAAUUACUAAGCUAAAUAUCUAUCAGCAAGUAAAAUAUUAUAAAAUGAGUUUUCUUAAGCCAAAAGAACUAAUUGAAGAGGGUGAUACAGUAAUACUAUAUCUUACUGUAAAUUCAAUGCAUGCCAUUGAAGCUACACCAACAAUAGUCAACAAAAAGGGCGAAACCAUUGAAUAUAUCUUUCAAACUUCAUACGGCGCGUUAAAAGUACGCAAUCUAAUUGGUGUCACUUAUGGUUCGCGCGUGGAACUCUCAAAAGGUUGGGCCUAUGUGCUGCAACCUAAUCCAGAAUUAUGGACGCAAACGCUGCCGCAUCGCACACAAAUCAUUUACACACCCGAUAUCAGUAUGAUACUCUUCCAACUCGAAGUUGGGCCAGAUUCAGUGGUAGUUGAAUCUGGUACUGGCUCGGGCUCACUGUCACAUUAUUUUUUACGUGCCAUUAAACCUAAUGGUCAUUUACACACAUUUGACUUCCACGAAGCGCGAGUGCAACAAGCGCGAGAAGAAUUCGAACGACAUGGUUUAGGUGAUUUUGUAACCGUUUAUCAUCGCGAUGUGUGUCAACUGGGUUUUAGCAAUGAGUUAGAAGGCAAAGCGGAUGCAGUAUUUUUGGACUUGCCGGCACCUCAGCUAGCGGUACCAUUUGCAGCUAAAACACUGAAAUCGGAGGGUGGACGGUUUUGUUCAUUUUCACCUUGUAUUGAACAGUCGCAACGUUGUUGUAUCGCUUUACAAGAACAUGGAUUCACAGAGAUUCGUUCAAUGGAAAUACUACAGCAAGAGCAUGUUGUUAAGACUAGAACAUUGCCAGUGCUAGAUUUAGAGUUCCUGAAGCACAAGAAACCCUCUUCCCAGAAAUUGGAUGAAUCGGGUACUAAUGAAAAGGCAGAUUCUGUAAAAACCCCUAAGGAAACCAAGAAAGUGCUCACAUCCUGUGCGCCGCCUACACUACCAGGCCACACAGGAUAUUUGACAUUUGCAACUCUGCCCCCAGCCUUCGUACGAUAGCAAAAAUUGUUCGACUAUUCAAUAUUAAAUAUAUGUAUGUGUAGUGCGAUAAUACAUGUUUACAAAACAUAAAGUAUCAGUUGUAUGAAUAUUUUAAUAAACCCCUAAAAAACUGUUAAAGAA